AAAAAAAAAAAUGUUCUAGUAGUUUGGUUAUUUUAUUUUAAUUUUGAGUUAUACUACAACAUGGUUGUAAACUAAAUUUUUAACGCGACUUUCGUUACAUGAAAUGUUUUAUAAAAAUUAGUAGUUAUUUUAUUUUAAUUUUGAGUUAAACUACAAAAUUGUUGUAAACUAAAUUUUUACCGCGACUUUCGUUACAUGAAAUGUUUUAUUAAAAAGUUCUAGCAGGGGGUUACUUUACACCAAUUUUGAGGAUAAUUGUAAUAUUUUUUUUUUGAAAUAUUCGUAUAAUGUCAUAUGAAGUUUUAUAUUAGCGUUUAUUAAACAAACAAACUUACAUAAUUUUAUUAUCAUACCUAUAAUGAUUAGCGACAGCCAGGUAAGUAGCUAUCGGUUCCACCUUUGUCGGCGUUGGUGGUUUUAUAUUUCAUUUCUCACGAUAAAAUUGCAAUUUGACAGUAUUGGUAUGCAAGCAAUACGAUUUAAUUGGACGUAAGUGACAUAAAUUGGUAAUACAACUGUAAUACAUAUUAUUUAAGGAUUAAUUUUGUGAUUAGGUAAAUUUUGCUGAAAUUGUAUUUUUUUAUGAAUAUAAACCGAUGGAUUGUAUCCAAAAAUUACAUUUGCUCCAGUAUUUCCAAGUGCUCAUCGCUGUCUACCUUACGUUAUAAUUACGUGAAUCUCUCUUCAUAAAAUGUCUGACUCCGAAGUUGAAUACCAGUCGCUGCCGGGGUGCUCAGCAGUAACCGAGGCUUCGAAAAACGUGCAGCCGAAGAAAAAGGCAUCGAAGCGCAAAUCUUCUGGGAGCGGCACCACGCCUUCGGAAUCAACAUCAAGUAAAUACAAACAUCACAGCUCGGACCUCUUCGGUCUAGAGAACGACAAGCUUCUCCCAGCGACAUCGUGCGGAGACCUUGGAUCGUCCCUCGUCAGCCGCGUCGCCAACGGGAAAGUUCGGCGGACAGCUGACCUAACGGGGGACUUCUACGUAGAGGUGAAGGUGUACCAUAAGGCUGACGCCGCUUCCACUCCUAGAGAGGAUCGGUGGAAGAAGGCGUCGGUUGCACUGAAACUGCAACUUAAUAGAGGCUCCUCGACGUGGGACGCCUUACAAAUAUUUAUGAGACGGGCUCAUGAGCUGUUUGAUAACUCGGAGCCCAUCUUUUAUAGUGAUAAUAUUAAUAUAAAAUAAUUUUUUAUAUUAAUAUUAUCAUUGAAAAUUUAAUGAAUUUAAUUUUUUUUUAUAUUUAAAUUGUAAUUGAAAAUGUCAUUUUCACACAUUUUUUAUAUUUAAUUAUAGUUUCGACACCAGUCUCUUACAUCAUAGUCCCUAUUGUGUAUACCUAAUGUGUUUUGGAUAUAUUGCUUUUUACCUAAAUAAAUAAUUUCUUUCUACUUAUACUUAACUUAUACUUUAUUUUUGUACCUUUUGCUGUCUUAUAUUAACACAUAGCAGCAUCUUCAGUAAUUUAUAGCUUGUUCUAACUUUAAAGUACAAGGUAAUUAGCAUAAUAAUAAAAUGCCUUUCUGUACUGUUUGUAACACAUCUGUUGAGCGCAAUCACUGGGUAGGUCAUUUACGCAGUAACGAUCAUAAAAAUAAAAAUAUUUCACAUUUUUGCGAAGGCGUUGAAAUUAUACAUUCUGCAUUUCGUAAUCGUAUAGCUUCUUAUAGAAUUACCGAUUCGUUUGAAAAUUGUUCUUUAGAAUCAUUUUUAAAUAAUAUUCAGGAUAAAAUUCAAAUGUUAAUAGAUAUGUCUCUUAAAGAACAUACUUGUUUGAAAGUAAACUUUGAAUAUUUUGCUUUGUUUUUAUUGGUUAAAAACGAGUCUCAGGAGAUGAAAUCAUUUUGUACGAAAAAUUUCAGUCUUUAUCAGAAUUAUGAUUAUGUCACUUUGAUAUCUCAAGUUGAAAAUACUUUAAAGAAAAAGAUUGAAGAAUUCCAAGACCGUGAUAGUGGUUGGACUUUAUUAAGUAGUUCUCAUUUGGAAAUUAACAUUAACAAAUAUCAACCUUUGCGCGGCUCCGGUUUUAUUGAGUUACCGGCAGCAAUUAAAUCAAAAAGAGCGUGUGUUAAUAUUCAUAAUAAUGACGAAUAUUGCUUUUUGUGGUCAGUAGUUGCUGCUUUAUAUCCAGCUAAAUCUCAUCCUGAAAGAGUUUUAUCGUACCCACAUUUCAGAAACGUGUUAAACAUAGAAGGUUUGUCUUUCCCAUUGAGUUUCUCUGACAUAGCGCAGUUUGAAGUAAAUAACCCCGAAAUUUGUAUUUAUAUUUAUGGUUUAAAAAAUAAUACCGUGGUAGGACCGCUUUACAAACCAAAAUCCUUGAAUAAUAAAAAGGUGAUCCAUUUACUUUAUUUACAAAAUGACAAUCUGUCACAUUACUGCCUCAUUAAAGAUUUACCGCGACUUGUUAAGAAUCAAAUAACGAAACAUCACAGUAAAUUGUACUUUUGUGAGGAAUGUUUAAUGUUUUUUGAUUCAUGUGAUGAUCUUAGUUCGCACAGUUGUGGAGGAAUUGCCACUGUGCUGCCUCCAAAGGGCUCAUUCAUACAGUUUGAAAAUUAUAAUAGAAAGCAAACUGUUCCAUUUGUUAUAUACGCUGACUUUGAAACAAUGCUGGAAAGGUACCAAUCUUGUGACCCUGAUCCAACAACUGCGAGUACUGUAACACGUCAGCGACAUGUACCUAUAGCCUUCGCAUAUCAUAUAACGUGCACAUUAGCUGACAGCCAUAAUCGUUACGUUUCGUAUCGCGGUUUGGAUUGUGUAUCUAAAUUUGUUAAAUCUAUUUAUAACGAUGCACAAAAAAUUUAUGGUAUUUUAAAAAGUAACGUUCCUAUUAUUUUUACUGAUGAUCAUGCUCAUGACUUUGAAAAUGCAGCAACAUGUCAUAUUUGUGAGCACUUUUUGUUCGGUGACAAAGUCCGUGAUCAUUGUCACUUGACUGGUAAAUAUCGCGGCGCAGCUCAUAGUUAUUGUAACAUACAAUACAAAGUACCAUCAUUUAUACCAGUAUUUUUUCAUAAUUUAUCUGGUUAUGACUGUCACCUUUUUAUAAAAGAAUUAGGAGAAGCUCCAGGAUCUCUUAAAGUGAUACCUAAAACGAAAGAAAACUAUAUUUCUUUUACAAAAUUUAUUCCGAUUUCCCCUAAGGAAAGCAUUCAGGUUCGGUUUGUAGAUUCUUUCAAAUUUUUGGGAACUAGCUUAGAAAAGUUAACUAGUACAAUGAAAAUACAAGAAUUUCAACAGUUAAAAUCACAUUUUCCUAUUGAAACACAAUUCAGUUUGUUAACCCGAAAAGGAGUGUAUCCAUAUGACUAUAUGUCUCAAUGGGAACGUUAUGAAGAUACAUGUUUGCCAUCUAAAAAUCAUUUUUAUAACUCUUUGACUAAUGAAUUAAUUUCCGACGAAGACUAUGAACAUGCUCAAUCUGUUUGGUCAGUAUUUAAUAUUCAAAAUAUGGGUAUGUACACAGAUUUAUAUCUUAAAACGGACGUUCUAUUGCUAACAGAUAUAUUUGAAAGUUUUAGAAAAACUUGUAAACGAUAUUAUAAUCUCGAUCCUGCAUUUUAUCUUACAGCACCAAGCCUAUCGUUUGAUGCAAUGCUUUUGAAAACAGGAGUUAAAUUAGAAUUAAUUAGUGAUGUUGAAAUUUUUAGAAUGAUACAAAAAGGUAUCCGCGGAGGUGUUUGUAUGUGUUCCAGAAGACAUGCCAAAGCUAAUAAUAAAUAUUUGGAUUCUUAUGAUACGUCCAGUCCAAAUUCAUUCAUUAUUUAUUUAGACUGUAACAAUCUAUACGGGUAUAGCAUGUGUCAGGCACUACCCUAUUCCGAUUUCAGAUUUAUGAACAGAAAAGAAAUAGAUGAUUUACAAUUGAAUUUAACAAAUAUUAGUGAUACCGCGGAAAAAGGUUAUAUUCUUGAAGUUGAUUUAAUGUACCCUAGGCAUUUGCACAUUGAUCACAAUGACUUCCCAUUCUGUCCUGAAAAAUGCUUACCACCUGGCGGUAAUAAUAAAAAACUAAUACCAAAUUUGUAUGAUAAAUACCAGUACGUUAUUCAUUACGCACAUUUAAAAAAAUGUCUACAGCACGGUUUAGUGUUGAAAAAAAUCCAUCGAGCUAUAGAAUUUAAACAAAGUUGUUUUUUAAAGCAAUAUAUUGAUCUUAACACCCAGCUACGUCAGAAAGCAGAGUCGACCUUCGAACAAGAUUUUUUUAAAUUACUAAACAAUAGUAUUUUUGGGAAGACGCUGGAAAAUAAUGAACAAAGAAUAGAUGUAAAAUUAGUAAACAAGUGGUGUGAUUCGAACAAUAAAACAAAAAAGACAACUUGUGCUGAGAAAUUAAUAGCCAGCCCUUAUUUUCAUAGCGCGUCUGUCUUUUCUGAUAAUUUAGUAGCAAUCCAAAUGAAGCCUUCGCGUGUUAUUCUAAACAAACCAAUAUAUAUAGGGUUUGCUGUAUUAGAAUUGUCUAAGAGUCACAUGUACGAUUUCCACUAUUCCACUAUAAAGCCUUUUUAUGGUAACCGAAUUCAAUUGUGCUACACUGACACAGACAGUCUGGUUUAUAAAGUUGAAACGAAUGACAUUUAUAAAGAUUUCAAGAUGCAUUUCCUAAAAUACUUAGAUACCAGCAACUAUGAUUCGAAUAACGAAUUUGAGUUACCAAUUAUUAAUAAAAAGAUUCCAGGGCUAUUUAAGGACGAAAUGGGUGGUAAAAUCAUUAAAGAGUUCGUUGGACUGCGCUCAAAGCUUUAUUGUAUUAAAACGUUAGAUAAAACUAUAAAGAAGGCAAAAGGUACUAAAAAAUGUAUUACGAAGCAGUUUAAAAUGACCGAUUAUAAAAGUGUUUUGUACAACUGCAAUGUCAUUCGCAAAAAAAAUAUUUUGUUUAGGUCAAUAAAACAUGAAAUAUUCACACAAAAUGUAAAUAAAGUGGCACUUUCAAGCAAUGAUGACAAACGAUUGCUAUUAUUUGAUAAAGUGUCAACUUUAGCCUGGGGAAAUGCAACUAUUUUUAUGUAAUGUGUAAUAAAUAGGUAUUUUUCAAUCCAUUUUUACCUUGUAACUUCAUUAAUGUUGCAAAAUAUAUGUAAUUAGCUACCUAAACUUAAUCAAUGACUAUAACUCCAUACCUACUAUCUAUGAUGUAAGUACCUACCUAGGUACAUGGUAAAAAAAUAUGUAAUUUUGAAUGACUGGUGUCCUAAAUAGGCAUAAGCUUUUUGUAAUCCAUAAUUGUAAGGACUAAUAUUAGUUUGUAAGAAUUAUGUAUACUAACCAAAAUAUUUUUAUAAAUAAAUAUAUUAUGUUAAUUA